UGCCCUUCAUUAUCUCCUUCACUGCUUCUCAAAUUUUCCUUCUCUCUUCUUUUUUACCUAUAACUAUAUAACCAACAAACAAUUACAACUGCCAAAAGCAAACAACUCUUUUUUGCUUUUCCUUUUUCCAUUAUCUGUCUCUAGACGUAGAAAUUCAACACGAUAGCCUACUGUGGCUUCCCCACCUCCCCCACUAAUAUUAUAUUACUUUAUUCAAAAAGAUAAACAUCUCAUUUCAAAUCAACCUAUAUUGUCCUUUCACACCAUGAAAAAAGAGUUGAAAACCGAGAAUAACAGCAACAAGCGGACCCGAGUUGAGUCAGGAUUGGACUCAGUUGAUGACUCAUCUGAGUCCAAGCGAGUUAACACAGACUCGUCCGAGUUGGACCGAGUCGACUCUCACUCGGAUGACGUGGAAAGAGAUGUGUACCUGCACUCGCAGAUAAGAGAAGACAUAUUGGACAUCUUAGAUGAGCCUGACACUUUAACGGAAUGCACACCGGAGAUUCAGAAUCUCGACAAUAUCAUGAAGAGCUUUGAGGAAGAGAUACUUAACGGCGAUCCACAGACAGUACUUGAUCUGACGUCAUCAGAUUCCGUCAACUCCCGACCGGACAUCGGUUACCUCCUCGAAGCCUCCGAUGAUGAGCUCGGUUUACCUCCAUCAGUUUCUCCUCCCUAUGAUCAGGUUAACGGCGAAUCUGCCCUCAUAACGGAGGCUUCAGAAUUCGCCGAAAUGCCUAAUUAUGACUCGUUUGAUUUCGGGAUGGAUCCUGAGGCAAGGGAAGGAGAUAAUGACGGCGUUAGCGGUAACGGCGACGGCGACGGCGACUUUGUGACGGUUGACGGGUUGUUUGAUUACACGGAGCCAGCGGAUUUUUCUGAGUUUUCAUGGCGGCAGGAAUCAUUACCUGCUCUAUAAACUUAUGAAUGUGAAUGGUAGCGUAGUUUGUAUAAUCUGAAAACCAGAUAGCACAGGAUAAAAAUAGGAAGCUAAAAUUGUGUGGACAUGCUUAUUAGAAUCAAAUGUGUCUUCAGGGCUAGAAAUUGGAGUUAUCUCUUAAAAAAGAAAUUGCUCGUUUGAACUCAGGAUUCUGGAGAUUUGAUGUUAAAUUACGAUACACAAAUGAGUUAAUUUUAUCCCAUUAAUUAUUGAA